AUGAUUUCUGGCUUUACUACUAUCAAAGCCUUAAGAUCUCACAUAAUUGAGAAACAAAAACUGCCCCCAGGUCCCAAACCUUGGCCUAUAAUUGGUAACCUCCCUGAAAUGCUUACAAACAAACCUGUAUUUAGGUGGAUACAUAAUCUUAUGAAAGAAAUUGACACCGAAAUUGCAUGUAUCCGCUUAGGAAAUGUCCACGUAAUCCCAGUGACAUGCCCCAUCAUUGCACGUGAAUUUCUAAGAAAACAUGAUGCUCCUUUUGCAUCAAGACCAAUAAGUAUAGCCACGCGUAUCAUCUCUAGUGGAUAUGUGACAACAGCUCUUGUACCCUUUGGUGAACAAUGGAAAAAAAUGAAGAAAAUCAUAGUCAAUGAUUUGUUCUCUCCCCUUAGGCAUCAGUGGCUCCAAGACAAAAGGAAUGAAGAAGCUGACAACCUUAUGUUUUCCCUCUUCAACAAAUGCAAAAAUCCGAAUGAUGGUAGUCUUGUAAAUGUUAGGAAUGCUUCUCAGCAUUAUGGUGGUAAUGUGAUUAGGAAAUUAAUUUUAAAUAAAAGGUAUUUUGGAAAGGGUAGGGAAGAUGGAGGGGCUGGUUUAGAAGAAGUAGAGCAUGUAGAUGCCAUUUUCACUUUGCUUAAACACGUUUAUGCCUUUUACGUUUCUGAUUAUAUCCCAUUUUUGAGGAUCUUUGAUUUGGAUGGCCAUAAGGGCGAGCUGAAGAAUGCUAUGAAGAUCAUGAAGAAAUAUCAUGAUCCCAUCAUUGAAGAGAGAAUCAAGCAAUGGAAAGAUGGAUCAAAGACCGUUGAAGAGGACUUGCUGGAUGUUAUGAUCUCACUCAAGGCUUUCCCUUUCUUCAUUUUAUUUUUCACUCAUGAGUUGAUGAUGGCAGUGGUGGACAAUCCAACACAGGCAUCUGAAUGGGCACUAGCAGAAAUGAUAAACCAGCCAAAAUUGCUUGAACGAGCCAUGGAAGAAUUGGACAACGUGGUAGGUCUAAAGAGACUAGUUCAAGAAUCAGAUAUUCCUAAGCUCAGCUUUUUGAAGGCUUGCGUGAAAGAAACUUUUCGGCUUCAUCCCGUUGUGCCUUUCACUAUUCCUCAUGUUUGUAUGGAGGAUACAGUGGUUGCUGAUUACUUGAUCCCAAAGGGUAGUCAUAUACUACUGAGUAGAAGUGGUCUUGGAAGAAAUCCAAAAGUGUGGCAGGAACCCCUCAAAUUCAAACCAGAACGCCACCUCAAGAGUGAUGGGUCAGAUGUAGUUAUGACAGAGCCAAAUUUAAGGUUCAUUUCAUUCAGCACAGGAAGGCGCGGUUGUCCUGGAAUAAUGCUUGGCACCACAAUAACUGUAAUGUUGUUGGCUAGGUUGCUCCAUGGCUUCACUUGGACUGCACCUCCUAAUGUGUCAAUCAUCAAUCUUGCUGAGUCCAAAGCAGAUAUGUUUCUUGCUCAGCCACUAGUCGCAGUAGCAAGACCAAGAUUACCUGCAGAAUUAUACCACACCAAGUGAACAUUUAUUAGAGGUAACCUCAUGUAUAAAGCCAUGGAGCAACACUGAUG